CGGACGCCGACAACGACGCGCGUGUUCCCCUCCACCGACCGACAGCGGUUCCACAGUCACAACCGCCGCCGCCGAACACUGUGUCGGUAUUGGCCGAAACGUGUGUGUAGCGUUGCCGUUACCUACCGGUCGACAGGCUGCUAUCGUGUGCGCGUGUUUUUCGUCAGUGCCGCGUUCGCGUCUGCCGUGUGCGUGUCUGUUGCGUGUAUUGUUUAUCGUCGUUCACCGUUCUCACGUUCAGUUCGAAAAUUUGAUGUGAUAAACGGUAUUAUGUAAUUAAAAUACCGUCAUAUUUUUUUUAGUCGUUUACAAUUUAUGUCGGUUGUGUCGUCGAGCGUUCCGGAACGACCCGCCGUGAGUGAUCUGACGGAUCGUCGAGACCUUUCGAGUAAAAUUAAAAUACGCGGUUGCCCGCGAGUUUCACAGUUUUUUAUGGAUAACCCGAACCGGAUUCGUCAAAGCAGCCGUCGACACCGCACACGAGAACUGUAAUCGUCAAUGUCGCGCAACGGUCAUCUGUCGUCGGACGCACAUUACACAGACGCCGUACGGUCGGCCGCCUCCGCACACGGCAGUGUACAAUAAUUAUUGUUGAAUAUCGUACGGUAAAAUUUAUGUACGACCAACGACGGUACCGGCGGGCUUCUGAACCGUCGUCCAAAUCGCACGGCGCUCGCGGCGUGUCGUCGUUCAAACAUCUCACGGCAUAAUCACAACAACCGUCUACUGCUGUUACAAACGCGGAAGUCGAGCGGACGCGCGAUAAGCCCGUCUGCAGAAUAUAAUAUCGCGACGUCGGCCGCCGCCGGAUCGAACGGGCCGAACGCGAAAUGAUGGACGACGAGAUCCAAGAGACGGUCGAGUCGAUCUUGGGCAAGGGCGCGGUGGUGGUGGACUGCGAGAAGAAGUCGAGCGUCAAGGAGGAGGAGGUGCUGCUGGUCAACGGGUGUCCGGUGUCGUUGGACGGCGACGACGGGGCGGCCAUCAAGCGGGCGCUGCUGCGCGGCGACGUGCCCGACUGCGACCUGCUCAACCAGAUACUGGUCCGGGCGGGCAUACUGCGGGCGCCCGUCCACCUGGAGACGAACCUCAGCGUCAAGUCGACGGUGGUCACGCGGGAGGAGGUGACCGUGGCCCGCGCCGGCCGGGUGGUGGACGAGCGGUCGCGCGCGAGACCAAAGAGGACAAUUACUACACGAGCGCCACGUCCGAAGUGUGGGAACCGGUGACCGUGGUCAACGGGCCACCGGCCGCGGCCGCGAAG